AUGAAGUGGCACCCAGAUCGAAAUCCGGAUAACCGUGAUGCAGCUGAGGAGCGUUUCAAGAACAUAGGAGAGGCCUAUCAGACUCUCGGGGAUGAGUCCAAACGCAGACAGUACGAUGCAUUCGACAACGGCUCAUCUCCGUAUGGAGGUGGCGCUGGUACAAAGAGGCCGACUGGUCCUAGCGCGGGAACCUCGGGACCGUUCCCGGGGACCUCUGGACCGUUCCCAGGAAGCAGUGGCUUCGCACGGGGUGGUUUCCCCGACAGUGAGGGCUUCACUCAAGGCAAUGUUUAUUAUAGACAAAUGUCAAUGGAAGAAGCACAGGAACUCUUCAAGAGAGCAAUGGGCAUGGAUUUAGAUGAGCUCUUACGGAGCGCGAUGAGGGAUAGUUUUGCAAACCCAAUGGACUCUGGAUUUUAUCGAACGUCGGGCAAGGCGGAUGCGUCGAGUCGCAGAAGCGGCCAGAAUCCUUUCGCGGGUUCGCCGAAUUCGAGCGGUGGAUUCGGCUCGCUCUUCGGGGAUAUGGGGGGAGACUUUGGAAAUGUGUUCAGAAGACCACCAGCUCCCAAUAAACAUACGCUACGGCAAGGUUUUGAAGUCGCGCGGUUUGGGUUCGACAUGUUCGGUGCGAAGAUGUUAAGAAAGAUGCUCCGUUCACGCGCGAUGAGGCGAGCCCCACAGCUCCUACGUCGUCUAUUUGCCGCCGCUGCUGCAUUGCUGGUCCCCUCCGCCUUCUUUUGGGCAACUUCUUCGAAGAACGAAGGGCCCGCCGCUGUGCACACGUCCACCAAGCAGGAAGUAGUUACUAAGAAUGGCAAGAAGGUCAAUCACUGA